GGAAGCAGCGAGUGGAAUGUUGAUACAUUGUUGUUGUUUUGUAGUUAAUUUAGUUCAGCGAAACAUUUCGCUUCCAUUGCAGGACGCGUAUUCCGACCGAGGCAAGGCUCAACCUGUUGAUUCCCGGACACUCUCGGAAAUAUCUGCGCACUCCCGACUGCAAUUCCGCGUUCACGAAAGAUUUUUGAAGAGUUCUGACUAGCUGCUUGUAUGCAGGGUAUGACGACUCAUUUUAAAGCGGGCAAAGCUUUAAAGGUAAAGAAGGAGGUGGGUGAGAAUGCCCCGGCACUCAGCGAUGAUGAGCUGGUGGCCAUGUCGGUGCGGGAACUCAACCAGCACCUGCGUGGGUUAACCAAGGAAGAUGUGGUUUGGUUGAAACAGCGGCGGCGCACACUAAAGAACCGUGGGUACGCCGCAAGCUGCCGAAUCAAGCGGGUCUCGCAGAAGGAGGAGCUUGAACGGCAAAAGACAGAGCUGCAACAGGAAGUGGACAAGCUGGCCCGUGAAAACGCCAGUAUGCGGUUGGAGCUGGAUGCGCUUCGUGCCAGGUACGAGGCCCUGCAGUGCUUCGCCCGGACUGUCACCCGCGGGCCUCCCGGCAAGGUGGCCACCACCAGCGUCAUUACUAUUGUCAAGUCCACCAAUCACAGCCCCAGCUCUGCUCCCUUCUCGGCACCUUCGUAGUGCUGAUUGACCUUGCCUG